AUGAGUGCCACGAGUGCAGUCAUCAUCGCAUUAUGCGUCGACGAGACGAGACAAGAAAGGGAGUCCGUUUCGUACGCCGACGAUCUUGCCACUCCAUCAGGUCUUGAAUGGGCUUCCAUACGAGAUCUGGUCAGGGCCCCGGGCGUUGGAGCUAUGCUCUGCACCUUUGUCCACGUCAUGCUGAUUGGGUCCGCUUUCAUGGCUGUCGGGAGUCUUACUCUAUAUACAGGAAUUGCCAUGUACAUGGCGGUGCAAGGUGCUGCCGAGGCUGUCUGGCUCUUGGUUCUAUUUCCUCCUCUGCACCGUCGAUUUGGCACCCGAGGUAUCAUCUUUGCCGGUGUCGUCGCAUUUCCCCUCUUCUUUGCCGGCUAUAUCGUAAUGAACGCCUUCCUUCGCAAUGGAAGUCCAGUGGCCUUUAUGUCUUAUCAAGCUGUAUUGGGCGCAAUGGCAUUCCUAGGACCUGGUGUCUUCAUGGUCAUUACGGCAGUGCAGCUAGGACUUCAAGAAGUAGCGCCUAGCCCGCGCACAUUGGGGACUCUUAAUGCAAUUGCGGAAUCAGCUUCUAGUCUUGUUCGGGCUGUGGUUCCAGCGAUUAGUACAAUAAUCUUUGCAAUUGGUGUCCGUGAUCAGAUCAUGGACGGCUAUCUUGUCUGGGUCAUCCUGAUUCUGCUCGGUGGUUCUCUUGCUUUUAGUGUUACACAGCUUCCAACAAGCAGAAAGCUAUAG